AUGGAAAAUCUUAAUCCACAAAGGUUUGCAGAAACAAAUUUGCUAAUAUGGGACAGAACCCUUGGGUUGCCACUAGAGAGAUCAAGAAGAUCCCUUGGGUUACCAGCCACUCCCAAUGCCAUCAUAGAAGAAGACCCUAUUAUGUGGAUUGGUUUGGAAAUAAAGGCACUUCUUCAAAAUGUUGGGAAAUCUUUUUGUCCAAAUUAUGUGGAUUGGUUUGGAUUUGAAGCUGCUGAUAUACCUCCAAGAAGUGCUGAUAAAUCAGUUGUUUCCAAAUUUCUACAAACAAAUCCUUCUGAUCAUACUACCUUUAAAUUAAAGGAAAUGGUCAGAUUGAUGAAAGAAAAACGUUUUCCUGCUGCUUUCAAGUGUUACUAUAAUUUCCACAAAAUUAAUUCGAUAUCUAGUGAUAAUCUUCAUUAUAAAAUGGUGAUCCAUGUGCAUAGUGAUUCAACCUUCAGGAGAUACCAAAAAGAGAUGAGAUUCAAGCCAGAUUUAUGGCCACUAUAUCGAGUUAUGACUUAUGACACAGCUGCGAACUUUCUUGAUUCGCAAAGGGUUGUCGAUUCUUUUCAAAGAAGGCAAAUGAAGAUAUGGAAUACAUCACUAGGAAAGCAAAGACAACUCAGUAAGAUGUUGGAUGAAUGGGCAGUGUACAUAAGAAGGAAAUACGGGAACAAACAGUUGUCAUCAUCAAUCUACUUGAGUGAAGCUGAGCCUUUUCUUGAACAAUAUGUCCCUAAUGAAGAAGUAUGGAGCCAGGUCUUGGGGUGGCAUAUCCAUCUUACAAUACAAAACAAAACCACAAUAGAGUUAAAAUUGUGCAGAAGCAUUUCUUAUGCUGCAGUUGCUCCUCAUGCAGAUCAGACUAGCAGGAGGAAAUUAGCACCUUUCUAG